AUGAAUGAAGACUUCAAGCCUUUAGAGCCUAUGGAUCUCAUUACAAAGAGUGUAGAUGAGCUGCGGAAAAUAAUAAAAGAUAAAAACGAGAAGGCUCAGAAAAGAAACUUAGGGGGAAAGGUAAGGCGAAUGCUGACCACAAACGAGAACCCACAAGAAGAACAGAGAUGGACAAAUAGCACAAGGAAAAAGAGCGUGAACAUGGAAGGACACACAUCUGAGGUUUUUGCUUGUGCUUGGAGUCCAGAAAGGUCACUACUUGCAUCUGGGUCUGGAUACGCGACUGCUAGAAUAUGGUAUAUCGGAGAUGGUCCAUUUAAUUCUACUAUCCCAAAUGUUUUGGUUUUGAACCAUUUGGACAGUCAAGCAACUGAGGAAAACAAGGAUGUUACAUCACUUGACUGGAAUAGAGAGGGUACUCUGCUUGCGAUAGGUUUUUACGAUGGCCAAGCAAGAAUCUGGAAACGAUCUGGGGAAUUGGUUAGUACUCUUAACAAACAUAAAGGGACAAUCAUGUCUUUGAAGUGGAACGAGAAAGGUAAUUAUCUCCUUAGCGGUAGUAUUGAUACAACUGCCGUUAUUUGGAAUGUGAAGUCUGGAGAAUCAAAGCAACAAUUUGGAUUUCAUUCAGGUCAAUUGCUUGAUGUUGCUUGGCGAAACAAUGAUUCUUUCGCGACCAGCUGUGCUGACAGCGUGAUAUAUGUUUGUAAAGUUGGAGACAACAAACCAGUCAAAAAGUUCUCAGGACAUCAGGUGACGACUGAAUCUUAG